CUGGGGUAAAAUCAACAACUCGCAACCCCAUCCUGACAGCUCCAUACAACCCUCUCAUCCUGACCCAAUCCUCUUCGAGAUGGCCGCCAGCGAGGAGAAAAUCGCACCUGAAGUGCUCAUCUCGAAAUUCGAGGUGGGCAGACUACUCAAACAAGACCAGAAUGGCCGUCGAAUCACCAUCCUCGGCACCAUCAACAACCAACCUGGCAUUCUGACCGCCGAACGCGCCGCCUUCGCCACCGAAUCCCCGGAAGCGCUGCAAGCCUUCCACGCCGCCAUCACCAACGUCAACAACCUCGGCGACAAUGACAUCUACCGGUGGUAUCUGGCCUCAUCGAACACAGAACCAGGGGGCCAGCAGCCGCCCGACCUCAAGCUCAACCUCAUCUGGCCGUGCACGGAACAGCACAUCAAGAAAUACUCCGAGCAGGUCGUCCGCAUGGUCACCGAAACACCGGAUAUCUACCGCGACCACGUCCAGCCGUACAUGAGUGCGAAGCGCGACGAGGGUCGGCUAAACUGGGUGUUUAAUAUCCUGGAGGGCCGCACGGAGCAGGAGGAUGUGAUUCUCAGGGAUGCCGGGCACGGGCCGGAGGAUGGGUUCUUGAUGUUGCCGGAUCUGAACUGGGAUCGGAAGACGAUGGGCUCGCUGCAUUUGUUGGGGCUGGUCAUGAGGAGGGAUAUCUGGUCUCUGAGGGAUCUGAAGAAGAAGCAUGUGCCCUGGUUGAAGUAUCUGAGGAAGAGGCUGUUGGAGGGCACCGUCGGUAUGUAUCCGGGGUUGGAGGAGGAUCAGUUGAAGCUUUAUGUGCAUUACCAGCCGACGUAUUAUCAUUUCCACGUUCAUGUGGUUAAUGUUAUGCUGGAGGCGGGCGCGACGCAAGCGGUCGGGAAGGCGUUCGGGUUGGAGAAUAUCAUCUCUCAGCUGGAGACUCUGGAUGGGGACGAGGAGGCGAGCAUGGCGGACGUCAGCUUGACCUAUUACCUGGGCGAGGCGAGUGAGCUGUGGACGAAUGUGUACGAGCCGUUGAAGAAGGGGGAGAAGCCGCUCGCAAAUUGAUAUGGCGAUACGAUGCUAGAUGUUACGCCUAGGCCUUGAAUGAUCAAUGAUGACGAUUACGAUAGAUACAUUGCGCAUUAGCUAAAUCCU